AUAUGUUUAUAAUAUGUUGUGAGUUAUUAUGUAUUACUUUAUUUACUACUAAAAUUUAAUAAUUACCAACGAAAUACUUGUUUUUUUUCGUUGGUUUAUACUGAAUUUGUCGUUCUAUAGUGAUACUGACAAUGUUGGUUCCUAAACGACGAUCUUUACGAAUCACUCUGUACUCGAUACAUUACUGUCGCGUAAUAUGGCAACGUUGUUAUUCUGUUCUUUGUUGACAAACAUUUGGUGAUGAAGUGAGGUUAUUAUCCCUUUAUUUUGAUAAGAAAUGGAUACCUUAACUUUUGGAAUACAGAGAUUAAUCCACCUAGAUUUAAAAGGAGCACCUCCAAAAUUGGCCUACUUUGAAAAGUUCUUCCCAUUCGUAAAAGAACUCGGAGCUACCGGCCUGCUAAUCGAGUGGGAAGAUACCUUUCCAUUUCUGCAGGAACUAAUCCACAUCGGCGGAUUAUCGAAUAGCGCACAAACUAGCUGCGCACCUUAUACCAUCGAAGAGGCCAAGCAGCUGCUGGAGUUAGCUGCCGAUUGUGGAUUGACCGUCGUACCUUUAAUACAAACGUUCGGUCAUUUGGAGUAUGUACUGAAACACGUUCAGUGGCGCCAUCUGCGCGAGGUCGAAGCCUAUCCGAGCUCAAUUUGUCCGAGUCACGGCGAAACUAUGGCGCUCAUUCGGACAAUGGUAAAGCAGAUGAUAGCGUUUCAUUCGAACUUGCAGUACAUACAUAUCGGGGCGGAUGAGGUUUGGCACUUGGGAUUGUGCGCGACUUGUUCGAAGAGGCUGCUCACCGCGAAGCACGGCAAGGCGUCGAUUUAUCUAGACCAUAUCACCGAAGUCGCGCAGCAUAUCAAGGAGAACUUUCCGCAUUUGAAAGUGAUCGUUUGGGACGAUAUGUUGCGCAGCAUCGAUGCCAAUGUCUUGCAAGAGUAUUACGUCGGAUCAUUGGUCGAGCCGAUGGUUUGGCAUUAUAAUAAUUCGGAAACCUUUCGCUUGGGCGCGUCCCUUUGGGAUAAGUACGGGAAUAUAUUUCCAAAUAUAUGGGUUGCUAGCGCUUUUAAAGGGGCUACAAGUAGUUGCCAAGUUGUCCCGAUACACAAACAUCAUGUUAGUAAUCAUGAGGCGUGGUUGUCUGAUCUUUCUUUACAUGCGAGCAAAAUAACGAAUUUGCGUGGAAUUACUUUUACAGGAUGGUCCAGAUUUGACCACUACGCCACAUUAUGCGAAUUACUACCGUGCUCGAUACCCUCGCUAUGCCUGUGCCUGAAAACUUGGUUGUCGGGUAGUAGUACGGCGGAGAUCUACAGUUCAGUGAGUAAAAUGCUCGGUUACGUGGACAAUCCCUUACAAGCGGACGUCAUCCAUCGACCUCUCCUCGAUUAUACGACUCCCUUAAAUUUUCCGGGAUGGCAAAUACUGGUGGGGUUCGAGUGGUUCGUUCACGUUCGAUUGAAAUACCGUAAUAUUAUCGAUAGUGAUCAGAUGAAUACGUGGUUCAAUCAGUGGCAGGUGUUAAACAAUUACACGAAUCCGAUGCAAAUCGAAAGCAUUCUGCCAGUUUUAGUAGAUUUGCACACAGAGAUAUCUUCGUUGGAAAACUUUGUAAAAACUCACCUACAAACCUACUUUUUUCCGCAUACAAUCGAGGAGCUUCUAGGGACAUUAAUUUUGCCAAUUAAGGAACAUUUGCAUCAGCUAAAAUGCGAGUGUGAAGCACAAAUAACUCUGGGCUGUCGAAUUCGGGGACAUAAAAGACUGAAUAUUUAAUUGUGCUGUGCUAGUUUCAUAAAUAAAGUGUUGUUUUCUC